UGAAAAGCCGUGUGUCGGCCUCCUCAGGGGAGAGUUGGGGAAAGUGUCGGGGGCUUUUCUGCCCAGAACCGGACAGCUCCGGUCGGACAUUUCUGUGAGUUGAUCAUGAGGGACAUGCAGACAGAGCUGGGUGAAGUUUUCAGGAGUCCACACUGAACCAUGUUUUCCCUGUCUGAGCUGGCCCCUCCAAACCAGCAUGAGAGCAGGUGUAAACUGCUGAAGCCCUGGUGGGAGGUCUUCAUGGACUACCUGGUGGUGCUGAUGUUGAUGACGUCUGUCCUGGCCUGUACUGAGCAGCUGUCCAGGGACAGAAUCGUGUGCAUUCCUGUGGAUCCGCUGAGCCCUCCUUGCAUGAGUAAUCACAGCAUGGCACAGAACAGUGAUGUGAAGCCCAGUCCUGCUCCUAAAUCAACAAAUCCACAGAACCCAGGUCCAAACUUCUAUUCUGCACCACGAGGGCGACGCACACAUCUUGUGCACCAGCAAUACAUUUACAUAAGUCAGGUGUGCUACCACGAAGCCCUGCCGUUUUGCUCUCGCUUCUUCCCCUACAUUGCCUUGCUGCAGUCCCUGGUCCUGGUGGCCAGCGGCUCUUUCUGGCUCCACUUUCCCGACACCUCCUCCCGCAUCGAACAGUUCCUCUCCAUUUUGGCAAAAUGCUGCGAGUCCCCCUGGACGUCUCAGGCUCUGUCUCAUGCUGCCCGUCAGGAGAACAUUCAGGAGCUGGAGAAGGCGGAACGACAGCCCUUCCUGUCUGCAGCUUCCUCCUGGGUGACUCGGACUCGACGCUCAAGCACAGACUCGGGCUCAGUGAGUCCGCUUUUGAAGAGGUCAGAGGUUGCACCUUCACCUGCCUCUCCGUCACCGUGCCCAUCACUGCUCUCCUCCAACUCCAGCGUUUCCUCUUUGUCUGUUGGCUCUGGUGUGCACUGUCCUUCCUCCAAGGCGGGGCCUGACAGUCCAAGGGAAGUGAUGAGUCUGGAUAAAAGCGACGGGGAACAGGCCAGGGCGCUGUUCGAAAGAGUCUGCAAGUUUAGGUCUCACUGUGAAAGCUCAGCUGUCAUUUAUAAGGUUUAUGUGGCUCAGACGACCUUCAAGCUGUUUCUGGUUUUGCUGAUCCUGAGCUACACCAUCCCGCUCCUCAACUCGCUGUCUUUCAACCACGUCUGCCGCCCCGAGGAGUGGGAGCUGGUGGGAUACGCCACCUUCGAAUGUGUCCAUGUGUUGUCAUCGCUCCUUCACAAGCUUCUGGUGGCCUACUUGAUCCUGCUGGGACUCUACACUCUGCUUAACUUACACACUCUCAGAUGGAUUUUUCACAGCUGCCUUCGCCACUAUUCCUUCCAAUCUGUGAAGGACUUGUGGUCCCUGAGAGAUGUUCCUGACCUGACAAACGACCUGGCCUUCCUGCUGCACAUGUUAGACCAGUACGAUCCUGUGCUGGCCCAGCGGUUCUCCGUGUUUCUGUCGCCUGUCAGCGAGAGCAGGCUGCUGGAGGAAAGCUUGGAGAGGCGCUGGGGAGAAGACAAGCUGCAGGCCAUGACCAGCGUGGACGCAGACGGCUUCAGCAGGCUGCAGCUGGUGGCUUUGCCUCGUCUUCCUUCUGCUCUCUACACGUUCAACCGGCUUCAGAUCCUCAGACUGGAGUUUAUUGCAGAUGCCAGGUUCACUGCACAGGUGGCUAACAUGAGUUCACUCAGGGAGCUUCACCUUUACCACUCCAGAGUAGCUGUGGAUCCCAGCGCACUAGUGUUUCUCCAGGAGCGUCUGGAGGUCAUCCACAUCACCUUCUCUCAGGCUUCAGAGAUUCCCAGCUGGGUCCUCUCCCUCCACAGCCUGCAUGAGCUCCACCUCUCUGGCCGUUUGAGCAGCGAGUGCAGCGUGGGCCGAAGCUGGGCUCUGGGGAGCUUGCGUCAUUUACACCACCUCCGUGUUUUGGGUAUUCGAGGUUUGCUGCAGAAGAUCCCAGGGGAGCUGUGUGAGGUGGCAAGCAGCUUAGCAAGACUGGAAAUCUAUAACGAAGGCACAAGACUGCUGGUGCUUACAGGCCUGAAGCGGAUGGUGGGCCUGACCGAGCUGAAGCUGCAGGACUGCCAGCUGGAGCGUUUGCCCUCUGCCGUUCUGUCUCUGACCCACCUGCGACUCUUAGACCUGCAGCACAACAACCUGAGCUCUCUGGAGGAGCUGCUCUGCCUGGCUCAGUUGCGCCAGCUUUCUUGUCUGAAGCUCGCCUACAAUAAUGUUGUGGUGCUACCAGCCAGUGUUGGGGUCCUUCGAGGGUUGGAGCUCCUGGAUUUGUCCAACAAUCAGCUCCGGAGCCUCCCACCAGCACUCUUUACACUCCACCGCCUUCGUAGGCUCCUGCUGGCUGGAAACCUACUCGACCAGCUUCCAGCGGAGGUAAAGGGCCUGCAUCUGCUUUCAGAGCUGGACCUGAGUGGAAACAGGCUGGAGAGCCUGCCCUCUGACCUCUGCCGUGGCUGUUUGGGGCUGCGAAUCCUAAACGUCGCUCACAAUUCCCUAGCCUCUUUGCCGAACGGGAUCGGAGCUCUGAGUCAGCUCUGCAGGCUGGAUCUGCGCUGCAAUAAUCUGGAGGAGCUUCCUGCCGAGUUGGGCUGCUGUCUGGGACUCCAUGGAGGAGGACUUCUGGUGGAGGACUGGCUCUUCAUCUCCUUGAAUCCACAGAUCAGGGACCUGCUGAGUCAUUCAGACUCAACCAGCGCUGAUUAUUCAGAGGACGACUCCCAGGUAGAGUCUGACAGCUUUCCAUGCUUCCCUCCUUCCCAGUGGAGCUUUUCUUCAGCUCUAGAAUCAGACGUCUAAUGAAGAGAAAAAUUCUGCUUUGACUAAUUCUAAAUGAUUUAAAUGACUUUUUUUUCUUUUUUUAUUGUUAUUUUUAUCAGUUUGUGAAUUUAUGGCAAUUUUUCUGUCUUCCACAAUGAAAUGUAAUAAGAAAAAAGCUAAGCUUUGCUUUAAAAUUUUCAUAUAAAAGCACAAUAAAUGGUUGAAGGCUUAGAGUUUUAAGCACCUGGAACUGCCAAACUGAAAUGGAGAGAACAUUUUAUAAAAUAUUAUCUAGAAUUAUAUUUUCUGAACUAGGAGAAAACACUAAAACUAAUUUGAGUUGUCACUUUUAUUGAUUCUAUAUAACAUAAAUUAACUCUGUUGCUGCAGAACAUUAUACAUUAGUUUAGGAUUAUUUAUUUCUUGUCUUGUUCUGAACCUUAAUUUAUGACCUCGUAUUAUUAAGGUCCAAGACACCAAAAAAAAGGCUGUUUGUCAAAAAUAAAAAAAGACUAUUUUUAAUUCAAUUAAUCUGACCAUGCCAAUUGAAUUCUUUUUCAAGUUAAUAAACCAAGUUACUAAGUAACUUUUCACAUUUCAAGUAAUCUGUUUUUUGUGCUCUGCCCUUUAGUGUAACCCUUGUGCUAUCUUAGCUGACCCCACCCUUACAUUGACGUGUUCUCCCUACCAUGACAAAGGUGGUUAAAGGUGCAAAGAUUUCAUGUAA